CUGGCCUUGUGUGGUUUUGUGCUUUGACAAAGCAAGUAAAAGGUAAAAUUGAAGAGGGGUUUAUUAUUAGAUAUCCAAGAAUUUGAAGUGCCCGGAGCCUGAAAUUUCAACGGUGGAGGUGGUUGAUGGCACUGGCAGCCGCCCCACUGUGUAGCUCUGUUAAUGGCGGUCCUGGCUUCGGCUUCAGUAAAGUCAAUUACUGCCAUUUCCAUAAUCAAGGCCACAGCUUUUCUAGGCUGACAAAAUUCGGUUGCGGGAUCAAUUCACAUUCUGUGUAUAGAUCAUUUUGCUGUAUCGGUUGCACGAACAGAUGUAACAGCAGGAGUGCUUUACGGUGGCGAGAAUCAAGGCGGCAACACCAGCACCUGAGGCAUUUCUUUUCUUGCAGAGCUCAGCAUUCGGAUGCUCUCAAUGAGGAAAAGGAAGAAAAUAUUUCUAGAGCUACUUUGAUUUGGCGGGCAGUGAAACUUCCAAUAUAUUCAGUGGCCUUGGUUCCUCUAACUGUAGGAAGUGCAGCUGCCUAUUUGCAAGCAGGCCUAUUUUCUGUCACGCGUUACUUGGCACUCUUAGCUUCCUCCGUUCUUAUCAUCACAUGGCUCAACUUAAGCAACGACGUUUAUGAUUUUGACACAGGAGCAGACAAGAAUAAGAAAGAAUCAGUCGUUAACAUAGUUGGCAGCCGGACAGGCACUCUUAUUGCUGCUUAUGUAUCACUUGACCUUGGCUUCUGUGGGCUUGUAUGGGCUUCUCUACAGUCUGCAAACCUGCGUGCUAUACUAUUAUUGGCUUCUGCAAUUACCUGUGGUUACAUAUACCAGUGCCCACCGUUUCGGCUAAGCUACCAGGGAUUGGGUGAGCCUUUGUGCUUUGCAGCUUUCGGUCCAUUCGCUACUACUGCUUUUUACUUGCUUCAGAGCAGUACUAGCAUAUUACCCAUCUCCGGUACGAUCCUUUCAGCAUCAGUUCUUGUCGGUCUGACAACCUCCCUCAUCUUAUUCUGUAGUCACUUCCAUCAGAUAGACGACGACAAGGCUGUAGGAAAAUAUUCUCCUCUGGUCAGGCUCGGUACAAAAACAGGCGCAGAAGUUGUGAAAGCAUCUGUCAUGGCACUCUAUUCGCUCACGAUUGUUCUUGGCUUUACCAAAACUCUUCCUUCUGCAAGCAUUAUUCUCUCUGUCCUAACAAUUCCAAUGGGAAGAAUGGUGAUUAGUUUUGUGGAAAAAAACCAUGAAGACAAAACAAAGAUCUUUAUGGCAAAGUAUUACUGUGUGAGACUCCAUGCUCUGUUUGGUGCUGCUUUGGCUGCUGGAUUGGUGGUAGCUAGAUUCUUUGCAAGGAACUACAACAUGAGCCCUGUUCUUCUCACCUGAUCAUCCCCCCACCCCUACCAUCAUUUUAGAGUUCAUCAGAUUAGAAUGGAACAUCGUGUAUAUAUGUAUUUGGCUAUUAGCAUCAGUAUUAUUUUGGUUCAACUAUAGUUUAAUUUGACAAUAUACAUUAAAUAUGUGAGACUUAUUAUUGAAUUUUAUUUUAUACA